UACCCGUUAAAAAGAACAAAAUUCCCUCCAAUCCCCGUCCAACUGGAACGGCAGGAGGAACGGAGGAAGGAGUCGUCCCCGCCCGCCAUUUAAAUAUAGCCAGAGCGACGAAUCUCUUCAAGUUCGUCUCACCAUGAAACCAGACCGCACUCCAAUGCAGCGCAGGCCCCGCCUUCCACCUAAACCACGCACAGUGGAGAGAAAGGUGGAGCAGGAUCCAGUGGAGGUGUUCUGCCGCAUCCGUCCUGCGGAAAUACCAGGGCAGGAGGAGUGCAUUGCAGAGGUGGAUAGUCGCACUGUGAAGCUCACACCACCAAACUCCUCUUUUGCAUAUCGCAAUGGCAGUGCCAAGGAACAGUUAUACAAAUUUGGGAGAGUUUUCGGUCCUAGUUCCUCCCAGAAGGAACUUUUCUCACGGGUUGCCAUGCCCCUCGUGUCAGACCUUGUCAAUGGAAGAAAUGGCCUCCUGUUUGCUUACGGUGUCACUGGCUCGGGGAAGACUUACACCAUGCAGGGCACACCACAAGAUGGGGGCAUCAUCCGCCGUACCCUAGACGUACUUUUCAACUCAAUUCAGGAUUACCAGGCAAGCCGCUUUACCUUCCGCCCCGAUGGAAUGAAUGGCUUUGAUGCUCAGAGUGAGGUGGAGGCACAGAAUGACCGGCGGAAGGCAGCUGCCACACAACGGCUGCGACCCACGGCAGGUGGAAGAACCACCAGGGGGAGGAAGGAUCCCCCAGGCUCCCAAGAUAACUCUCAGCGUAUUCCUGAUACUUCUCGCAUUGAUAGCAUGGACGAAGAUAAUGUGUAUUCAGUAUUUGUCUCCUACAUUGAAAUAUACAACAACUAUCUGUAUGACUUAUUAGAAGAUCUGCCUGAGACUGGGCCCUCUAGGGGCCUGCAGACAAAGAUCAUCCGUGAAGAUGCACAGCACAACAUGUACGUCCAUGCAUGCACUGAAGUGGAGGUGAAGAGUCCUGAGGAUGGCCUGGAGGUGCUGUACCGUGGCCUCAAACGCAGGAAGAUUGCCUCAACACGUCUCAACUGUGAGUCAUCACGCUCGCACUCCAUCUUCACCAUCAGGCUGUUACAGGCACCCCUUGAUGCUCAGGGAGAAGAUGUGGUGACAGACAAGAGUGCCAUUGUAGUGUCACAGCUAUCAUUAGUGGAUUUGGCUGGCUCAGAGCGGAAUUUGCGGACCAAGGCAGCUGGGGACAGGAUCAAGGAGGCAGGAAAUAUCAACAACUCACUGAUGAACUUGCGAAUCUGUAUUGAGAUCUUACGUGAGAAUCAGGAGGCGGGUGGCAACAAGAAGGUGCCUUACCGAGACUCAAAGCUCACCCAUUACUUUAAAAACUUCUUUGAUGGAGAUGGCAAAGUGCGCAUGGUUGUGUGUGUCAACCCUAGAUCUGAUGACUAUGAUGAGACACUGACAGUGAUGAAGUUUGCUGAGCUUGCAUCAGAGGUACAAAUCCAAAGGUCACAGCCAGCCCGGCGUGACCUUGGGUUGCCACCAGGCCGCCGCCGUGCCAACCAGCUGUUCAAGGAGGUGCGCAAGAAACUCGAGGAUGAAGUGGAGGGUGCCAGUGUGGAGGCUCUGGAAGUUGACCUUGCUCCAAUCUACUCACUGGCUCCUGACUGGCCUGUCCUUACCUCCUCUACCCCUGGAGGAUUGGAGGAGGUGAUCACUCGCCUCAAGGCUCACCUCAGGAAGAGAUUGCAGAGCAGGGAACGUCUGGAAAAGAAUUUCUGGGGGACUGUGGCUGCAAUGAGGUCAGGCAUUGCAGAAAUGGAGAAAGAGAACCUAGUCAUGAAAAAGGAGUUAAUGAGCAUGAAGGCACUUUACUCUGAUGCGAUGGGGCGAGUGCGCAGUCUUGAGAGUCUCCUUCACAAUGCUGAAUCUGCCAAUGAGUCACUCCAGAGGAAGUUAGAGGACCAAGCUUUCUUGAGGGAUGAGUGUGAAGCAGUGAAAGAAGAGAGGGACAUGGCCAAGGUACAAAGCCAGAUUGAAAAACAGAGGAUGAGAGCAAAACUGAGAACAAAGCUGGAACAGGAAAAGAUGAAACUCAAAUCCACCCUCAACAAUGAAAUAAAUAAUCAAAAGUCCAAAAUCUACCAGAGUCAAGUGAAGGCCCUACAACAGGCCCUCUUUAGUGACAAACAGACCAUUCCCACCACUCCUCUUCAGCCUUCCACCACUUCCUCCUCUGACACUGACCUCACUGCCAUUCCUGGGAAGACCCCCAUCAAAGCCUCCACUUCUGACCCAAAACUCAACAUGACCCCAGCAUCUCACAGGACACCAGCAGUUGUUAACUUGCGGCACAGACGUUCUCGAUCACAAGGAUCUGAUGUAUGGAUUGACCAUCGGCCCACUCAGGAGGUUCCCACAGGAACAAUCCUCCAGCCCAAUCUUCAUCGUCGCAAAUCAGUCACCAAGUUGAAGUCUGGUGAUUUUACUGACCCUCGUACCACAAACUACUGCUUGACGACUCAAGAACAGGACUCACAAGGAGAACUGGAGACUAAACUGUUCAAGGGUGAAGUCCUACCUACUGCUGGUGGUGGAGCACAAGUUGUUCUCAGAGAUGUUGAAAUUUUACACCAACGUGAUCCUCUUCAGCAUCAGUCCACCCCGAACCGUAAGCGUUCCUCCACUGAAGGAACUCCAUUGCAGGACAGAGGUGUUUGGAGCUCACAAAAGAGACCAAGGGUGUAAGAAUUUGGGGAGAUGAACUUGUGUAUUCUGGUGUACGAGUACUCUUAUUGCUUUUAGUGAGUAUACGUAUUGCCUCUCCCUUCUCUUCUAACACUAUACUCACCUAUCAUUUAACAUUAUUAUUAUUCACUCAUACAAAGUACAUACAGAAUUUUUUGGCAAGCACAAACUUACAAAGAUCCAUUUUCUGUAAGAGGAAAGGAAUAAAUAUCAAAUAUUAGUCUAAUUAGUUAUUAAUCACACAAGAGGUUGAUGCUUGUCAAAAUUUUCAUUUAAAAUUAUUUUUAAAUUUAUAAUGAUUUUAUAUGCAAACAUGUUUUUAGUGAAGCUUAAGGAAAUUCCUUUUAAUGAUGAUCUGUAAACUACAUGUAACAGGGACUUGUGAGGUUUUAUUGGGGUAAAUAUGAUACCCACAAAGUCAUGGCUGGGGCCAACAUCAGUUCUUAUUAUGAAGUGGUUGAGAUUCAAUACUACCUUUUUAAGAAGGCAAGAUGCUGAUGCUUUGUAACACUAAUUGACAUCCUUUUACACUUCAAUAGUGUGUGACAUCACCUCAGCUGAUAUAUAGAGGGGGUGGUCUGUCUGGUGUGCUGGUACACUACACUCUAUAUUAGCUGAGCAGGUAACUGUGGUGACUUGCACUCUGGUGUCUGCUCAAGAAAGGGUAAGAGGUUGCCAGUUAGUGUUUUGAAAGCAUAAAAACAUCUUCCCUUCUUGGAAAAAAUGACAUCAAUACUGUGUGGCAUCUAGAAUGCACAAACUGUACAAUAAAAAAUGUUAAAAUAGUUUUUUUUUAGCUAUGGGGUAAAAUUUGAGUAUGGUGGGGUUAGUGAUACAACAGCUGUGCCAGGUAGGUAUCUUAUGUUGUAGAAACACCAUGUCAUACUCAAUCUUCUUUCUGUAAGUGUGUUGCAUUUUCAACAGCUUUUUUCCUGUUAAAAUGUAUUCACUGUCACCAUCUUUGUAUGAAAUUUCGAACAGCUGAUUUUCUACUAACCUUCUUCCUGCCCAGGCAGGAAGAAGGUACCUUGGUGUAAAUGUUCAUCAGUAAAUCACAUGUCUGUCAUUACAGUUUAUUUCAUUACAGGAUACUGUAUUACCUCAAAACUUGUAGAAAUGAUAAUACAUUGGUGUAAUUAUCCAAUGGUGAAAUUGUGAGUUUCACAGUUCAUUUCUACAAGUUUUGCAGUAUUGCAGUAGUAUCCUAUGAGACAAGCAGUAUUGCUCUAUGUGUGAUUUACUGAUAAAUAUAAAAUGUAAUGGAUGUAAUUAUUGUCAAAUAGAAUAACAGACUGGAACACUUGCCUGUCUUGAAAUUUCAUGCCAAGACAGUGAAAGUGAAUACAUUUAGACUGAACUACAUGAUUUUGAUGGAAAAAGCUAUUGAAAAUGCCAGACACUUACAGAUGUAGUAAGGCACAUGACAGCCACCCUGCCCAGCCAUUGUAUGUCACUCUACCACAACCAAAUAGCUAAACAAAGCCUUAAAAUGCUUAUGUACAUAGAUGCUUAUGUACAUAGAAAGAACAUUUUUUUACUUACAAUUACUUUCACCUCUAGCAGUAUCCACAUAAACUUGUGCUGUGUCCUGUAUCUUUUCUGGCAGUUUAAAUAUGAUUAGAUAGCAAUACCAACCCUGUUGACAAAGCUGUUACCUAUGCUUUCUUCUAAAAUUGUAUUUCAUCUAGAGGCCAAAAAAUUGCCUGUUUGUAGGAUCUAAAUUGAAUCCUGUAAAUUCACACACACUCAGUCUUUCAAUUGCUGGAAAUUGGAACACCAAUGGGCUGUUGCAUUCAGCAUGCCUUGGCUCUAUCAAGACACUUUCAGUAGCACCUUUUGCUCGAGGUAUAACCAAGAAUCACUAGCAGCCACUUGAUGAACCUGAAGAAUUUGGUGAUUACUAGAAUUCCUAGGAUCAGGCUGUGAAACUUUACCUGUAAUAGUCAGGAAACUGUCAUUUUGUUAAAUUUUGAAUUCUUUGGAUUCAUCAGGCUCCUUAAUAACUGGGUGUUCUAGAACAGGACUUUCAGAAGUUGUUUCCAUCAAUAAUAGGACUAAAAGGCCAAGUAUGUGGAGUAGUACAGGGCAUAAUGAAUGAAAUUUACAUCUAUUUCCAUAGGAUGCUUGGAGAAUAGCUACUUAGGAGUUUCCUGUAUUGCCUAGGCAUAUAUAAGAAAUAAAUAUAAAAAAAUUA